AUGUCCAGCAGAGAUGAUUCCAUGCAUGGUGAUCCUGACCACUCAUCCACGGUGCUCCUUCCCCCGGAUAGAGUGGACAGAUCAGACGCUGUUCCUAUGUUAACUUGUGACGCAGAAGACGAUCGUGACGGAGACCGGAAGUCGGAAGGAUUUCUAACUAUUACCCGGAAGUACGUACCGACGAUGAAGCUGCAGAAGCCAGCAUGUAGCACGGUGCGCAAAUUUCUGCUAUUGAUUGUGGGAUGUGUGCUCGUCGGGCUGUCGUUAAUCCUUAUGGUCACCGGAACCAUCAGAUUCCACCAGUGCCAGAAUCACAAGGGAUCUUCCGUCUGGGAUAACCAGUUCCUUGGAACUCACUUUGUGGACCUGGUGUCGCUCAACAAUUUUGCUCUGGAGAAGGUCACCGCUCAGACAUCGACCAACAUUGCGGCAUCUGAUGGGGAUUCCAAGUUUGCCGUAGAUGGCGAUAUCAACACGUGUUCAGAAACAGACGAGGAAAUUCAUCCUAUCUGGGAGGUUGAUCUUGGCACCGUUCGACCCGUUGGUGACGUCAUGAUCCACGGCCGUGUAGGAUUCGAUUUCCACGAUAUGUUCGUGUACAUCAGAAACACCAAUUCCAGCGGUGAUCGUCAGGUGUGCUUCAGUCAUCCCGAACCGCUUAACAGUCACGUGCUCGUCACUAACUGUCGUCAGGACCUUAGUGGCAGAUACGUAACGGUGGAAAUGACUUCAAAAGACCGUACUCCUAACGUACGCCUGGUGCUGUGUGAGGUCAUCAUCACACAAAGGUAG